AUGGCUGACUUGGAAUCUGCCCCCGAGGAACCGGCCAGAGCGCAAGACGGCCACGGCGAGCCUGAACAAACAUCAAUUGAACAAGAGACCAAGGACAAUGUCGUUGACUGGGAUGGGCCAGACGAUCCCCAAAACCCGCGGAACUGGCCAGCAUGGAAACGCUUGACCCAAGUCGGGCUGGCCAGCGCUUUCUUGCUCACUGCAAACCUCGCCGCGACAAUGUUUGCACCUGGGGCUGCCGCGCUUGCUCAGGAGUUCCAUAUCACGAGCUCCACCGUUUCCAGUCUCACCGUCUCCAUUUACCUUUGCGGCUUCGCCCUUGGGCCAAUGUUCAUUGCACCUCUAUCCGAACUGUACGGACGUCUGGUGGUUUACCACAUCUGUAAUAUCAUUUACAUUGGCUUCAUUGUCGGAUGUGCGCUCGGCAAAAACACCGGCAUGUUUCUCGUCUUUCGAUUUCUUGCCGGGUGUGCUUCUUCGGGUCCAUUGACUGUUGGUGGAGGAACAGUCGCCGAUGUUGUCCCGCCAGCUCAGCGUGGGAAGGCGAUGUCUGUGUUCUCCAUGGGACCGCUUCUGGGACCAGUGUUGGGCCCAAUUGUUGGUGGAUUUGUGUCCGAAUCGAUUGGCUGGCGGUGGACGUUUUGGAUCAUCGUAAUCCUAGCAGGAGUAUUUUUUGUCCUGUCAAUCUUCCUCCUUCGCGAGACCAACGCUGUUGUCUUGCUAGGAUGGAAGGCUGCUCGCCUGCGGAAGGAAACAGGCAAUGCUGCUCUGGUUUCAAAGAUGGAUCGAGGCCUGACCCCCGGCCAGCUAUUCAUCCGCGCUAUUACUCGACCAACAAAGCUUCUGAUCCUGUCGCCAAUCGUGCUUCUCCUCUCCCUUCUAUGCGCGUUCGUUUUCGGCCUCCUCUUUCUACUAUUCACCACGUUUCCCACGGUCUUCGAGGAACAAUACCACUUCUCCGCCGGCGUUUCUGGAUUGGCAUAUCUCGGCCUUGGAAUUGGAAUGGUCAUCUCUCUCGCAGCCUUCGCCGGCGUCAGCGACAAGCUGCACAAGGCACUUGGAGAUUCGCCCAAACCUGAAGGACGCCUGAAGCCCAUGAUGUGGGUCAUGCCCACCGUGCCCGUCGGUAUAUUCUGGUACGGCUGGGCAGCCGCGAAGCAGACUCAUUGGAUCGUGCCCAUCCUCGGCACUUGUUGCUUUGGAUUUGGCUUUCUCUGGGUCGUACUGCCGACGCAGCUCUACUUGUUGGAUGCGUUUGGCCCUGAGGCUGCUGCCUCUGCGUUGGCGGCGAACGUGAUUCUCCGCCUUCUUUUUGCAGCUUUCAUUCCAUUGGCAGGGCCGUCUUUGUAUGCGGACCUGGGACUUGGGUGGGGAAAUAGCGUCUUGGGUUUUAUAGGCGUGGCUUUUCUUCCGGUGCCAUAUUUCUUCUAUCGUUACGGAGGGUGGCUCAGGGAGCGCUUUGCUGUGAAGUUAUAA